CGACCCCUCUUUUGUCCUCGCGAGACUCGUCGCGAGCCUAAGGCUCAAGGCGCGCCUGCCGCUUGGCAGCCUGGCCCGCUAUGGCGGGUCGUGUUGCUGAGGUAGCAACGGUGACGGCGACGGCUUCUGCGGCGGCUCCCCGAUUGGGCGGCGAAGGCCCGAGAGACUGGCGAGCUUAGCGAAAAAACGACUGCGACCUGUUCGUUAGCCCCGCGGCCGUAAGGCAAAUGGAGGCCGGUAUGCCGAAGCGGAAAGAGCCAGGCAGGUCCCUGCGCAUCAAAGUCAUCUCCAUGGGCAACGCAGAAGUGGGAAAAAGCUGUAUUAUAAAACGCUAUUGUGAGAAGAGAUUUGUGUCCAAAUACCUAGCAACAAUAGGAAUUGACUAUGGAGUCACAAAAGUAUACAUCAAAGACAGAGAAAUUAAAGUUAACAUCUUUGAUAUGGCUGGACAUCCAUUCUUCUAUGAGGUUCGAAAUGAAUUUUACAAGGACACACAGGGUGUCAUCCUGGUUUAUGAUGUUAGCCAGAAGGACUCUUUUGAGGCUCUUGAUAGUUGGCUGGCAGAAAUGAAGCAAGAACUUGGACCUCAUGGAAACAUGGAUAACAUUAUAUUUACAGUCUGUGCCAAUAAGAUUGAUUGUACCAAGCAUCGCUGUGUAGAUGAAAGUGAAGGACGUCUUUGGGCUGAAAGCAAAGGGUUCCUUUAUUUUGAGACUUCAGCACAAACUGGAGAAGGAAUCAAUGAGAUGUUCCAGAUGUUUUAUUCUGCUAUAGUUGAUUUUUGUGAAAAUGGAGGGAAACGUCCUAUACCAAAUAUCAGCAUAAGUUUCACCAAAGAACAAGCUGAUAACAUUCGCAGGAUUCGAAACAGCAAAGAUAGCUGGGAUAUGUUGGGAGUCAAACCUGGAGCCACAAGGGAUGAGGUGAACAAAGCUUAUCGGAAACUUGCGGUACUUCUCCACCCUGACAAGUGUAUGGCUCCAGGCAGUGAAGAUGCCUUCAAGGCAGUUGUGAAUGCCCGAACAGCCCUCCUAAAAAACAUCAAAUAACCUAGAAUGCAGCAGGAAACAGACAAGUACUUAUCUCCAGUAGAUAAUUCCAUUUCCCAGAGAGAAAAAGAAUUGAGACCUCACCCAGGAUUGUUGCUCUAUCCAUUUGUGUAUGCACAAUUUCAGAUUCUUAUCACUAUUUUUUGGAAAUUUUUGAAGGAAAAAAAAAGUGCUAUUGUUUUCAGAUGUGAAGAGCUGUGAUUCAUAUCAUUCAUUUUUUAUUUGCCCAUUUUUACAGUCUGAUAACUCUCUUCUCUUUAUAAACAUACUUUUCAUUUCAUACAUUUCAUACAUACUUCAUUCAGGUGAGGCCAUAUGGCUUCCAUGGGGUGAGAGUCACCUCUCAAUUAUAUUUUACUUUGGUUUAUCACUUGAGUGAUAAAUCAAGAAUGAAAGCAGAGAAUAGAAAGAACAUUCUCCCAUAAUAUGACAUCAUGAAAGGAUUUCUUUAUUUUUAUUCUCAAAAUAAAAGGAGAAUGUUUAGGAAUUUGGAGUGGCAUUUUAAUUUCCAUUUUAGAAUUAAUGAACUCAUUCUAUCUCUUUGACUUCAGUGAAAUGGGCUGAAUUGCUCUAAAUUUUAAGCUCCUUCUCAUGAGCCAACACUCAUCAGUAUCUCCAAAAGGAUAUAGUUCAAUAUCUUACACCAGGAGAGUAAAUCCUAGUCUCUCAGGACAGGUUGAAGUUCUCUUCACAAAUGGAUGGAAAUGGAAAUGAUUCUUCCUCUACCAUUCCCCUCCUCUUCCCAAGACAGCUCUCUUUUUCUUUCCUCUUCACCUACCACCCUCAUUAUCUCUCUCUUCCCUAUACUUUUAGUUGAUAUAUUCUCCAUCCUCUAGUUUAGACAUGCUACUUAAACUAAUUUAACCAGUAUGAAAGAUCUAGUAGGGAAUAUUGGGAUGGUAAUGGAAAAAAGAUUCUGUGUCCUGUUGGAAGAAAAGAGGAAAGUGCUUUCUGACACUUUUUUUCUUGGAUUCCCAAGUUUUUAUAUAGCAAUAUUUAUUCAAAAUUUAUUCAAAUAUUUAUUCAAAAAAAAUAAACAUUAAUUUUACCUAGAGGAAAACCAUCAUGUUCACCCAUGCAUCCCUUCUCAUCACACAAAAGUCUCAUGACUACAAAGUAAUAAAGACCUUCAAAUGUAAUUUUAUGUAAGACAUCUGACUACUUUAUGAGUAUGCCGCAUAUUCUUUGGCUGCUUAAAAAAAUGGUUUAACUAGGCCUUUGAGGUCUACAGACACAUUUAUUGUACAAAAAGCUUGAAGAGUUGGACCUUUAGACUUGGCAAGAGCUUACUUUACAGCCUAUGGGGAAAGACAGACCAAGUUGUCAGAACCUAGUGGUAUUAUCUGUCUUAAAGCUGCCAUAUUUUCAUGCUGCUAGAAUCAGGCUACAUUUUGCUCUGGUUUUAGUUAACCCAAAGUUCAUCACUCCCAAUCUCUGCUGUCAUUAUUUAGUGAUGCUUUAAAGAUUAUUUUUGCUUCCCCCUCUCCCCACAAUUAUGGGUCUGAUAUGAUUGGGUAUGUUUUCAGGUAACUAGGAUUUAUUACAGGGUCCUCAGUCCCAGUUUGAGAGUCUCAACACUUUUUAAAUAACUUGCUUGUGUGAGGUUUUCCUUUGGCUCUAGCUAGUCUCAGAUCACUGAACUACACAGAUUGGUUGCCUACGUAGUAUGCCUGUAUAACAAGUUCUUAGCCAAAUUAGAGUCCUUAUGGGCUUGGCAUGUGCUUUAUGUGUCUUUAUCAUAUUUAAAUAAAUAUAGUGUUGGAAUAUGUAAAAAGAUCAGCUGAAUAAGGGAGUCUUCUCGUACCAUCAUUCACCAAUUGCCAUGUACAUAGAGCAUCCUGAAUUCUUUGGCACAAUAUAAAGGGCAAAAUUAAUACCCAUUUUUGAUAUCAUAAUAGGUGGAUCACUUUAGCCCAACUUCAGUGCAUGAGUGGUUAAUAUGGCAAAUAGAAUUCCAGUGAGCAUCUCAGCUGUUAUCUUUUUAAUGCAAAUAUGGUUCAUUGAGAUUUAAAGCUCAGUCUUGAUCCAUAGGUCUUAUAAGUCUAUGAUUUCCAGCAUUAGCAACUUCAGAAAUAUAGCUGCUACAUACUAAGAUUCUGGGCCCUUUAUGUUUUGGAGACGGUUUUGUUUUGUUUAGUUUUUAAGCUCAGGAUCCUGGCAGUUACUACUAUGGUCCUUGAGCAGGAUUUGAAGGUACAAGAGAGCAUGUUUUACUAGGAAAUUAUAGUUUGGCAAGUACUGGCUUUUAAGCCAUAUUUCUGUUAAGAAAACCUGCAGAUCUCAAAGUAUAAAUCUAACAACCUCCUGCUGAAAAUAUAUAUACAUUAGUUCAACCUUGUAAAAGUUCUUGAGCCAGUUGGGUUUCUUUCAGAGGACUUAAUGUCUUUCAUAGAGGAUAAGGAUAAAAAUAAUAGUUUAAUGCAAUUCUUAUUGGAAAACAAAUCAUUCCUUAGGAUAUAACAUUUUAGCAGUUGUUUACAAAGCUCAAGCAUUAAUUUAACAACAUACCUAAAUACCUUAACAUUUAUAUUCUUUGAUUUGCUAUUCAGACUGUAAUUCUAUUUUUUCCAUUUUAGUACCAUUGUCAAACUUGUCAAGCAGAGUAUGUAUAUAUAUCAUAUGUUGAACUUUCAGCCAGAUAGGAUCCAGCAAGAUGCCUUUCAUUACCAAUUUUCUGAAAAGGAAAAAUAGAGAAAUUUGAAAGCAUAGGUGAUAGAAAAUUUUUUUUAAUUAAAGCUUUUUAUAGGUCAUAGAAAUUUAAUGUUUUGUUUUGAAACAAUUUAGAGAUGCUCACUUUAAAUAUGAAAAGAAGUCAUGUUUCUGAUGUUUCAUGAGUCAUAUUGUUUCCAGCAAACCAAACUGCAGUUUCAAGCCAUGCAAAUAAAGGCCAUAUUGAUAAAAAUUAUUUCUUUUGGAAAAUGGACAUGUUCUAGUAAGUCAUAGCAUUUUCUGUGAUGACACCCUUCUGGUAUUGUUCCCUCUUAAAAUGUGAAUGUCAUGCAUAAUCUUGUUUCAAAUCUUUAGGUUGAGUAUACCUAUUUUUCUUUUUGUUGAAAUGACUAAAAAUGUUUAAUAAGUGUUUAUGUCUUGAAUGAAACUGUUACUUGUCUUUAAGUUAUGUAUUUUUAUAAAGUAAAGCCAAAUUUCAAACACACUAGUUUUAUCUGUAUUCUACAUUUGUGUAUAAUGCAGUGUUAUCUAAUAAAAUAUACAAUAGGUUAAAUCAUCGACCACAACACUUAUCAGUUGUACUUGUAUGUCCUUGGACCAAAAAAAAAAAAAAAAGAUGCUUCAAUUUUUGCAUUUCUAAGAUGGGAGAAUAAUCAUCACUGCUUUGCACCUGUUAGUUUCCCAAUAAAUGGUUGUUUAAUGAU